UUCCCGGAAGGUUUCUGCACUUCAACAGCAGCCUGAGUCUCCGAGUGACUGUCUGCGACUGGGAAAACACUUCACUUCAAUUCCUUCAGCAAACAGAUCAUCCUUUACAUCUACACAGCUCAGCAUUUCUUUAACUUAUUGAUGAAAAUAAGGAGAUGUGCAGUUAGUUCAGGGUUUAAUAGCAAAAUGACCAACAGCUCUACAGCACCUAAACUCAUCACGGAUGCAGGUGAUGGUGAUCCUGAACUCCACACGGCAAACCCUUCGAACUCUGUGUUUCCUAAAACAGCAGACGAACUCUGCAAACUUCCUGGGAGAUUACGUAUUAAUCCGUCUCUAUGGGAUAAAGACGAUGUUAAUUUGUGGUUGCGAUGGGCUCAGAGGGAAUACGCCCUGCGCCGUGCCGAUCACGAGAAGUUCGAGAUGAACGGCAGAGCGCUGUGUCUCCUCACCAAGGAGGAUUUCCGGCUGCGCUGCCCCAGCUCAGGUGAUGUACUGUAUGAACUCCUCCAGCAUGUUAAGCAGCAGCGACGCUCCCAGACACAGGCAACACCCAGCUCUAUCGGCACUGCAGGUCUGUGCAGCUCCACUAACAGAUCUGUGCCUGUGUGUCCAGUGAAUCCACACUCUCGAACCUUAAACACGUCCGGUCCAGAAAUGGGACAAAAUUCACAAGUUCAGCCAACUAGCCUUCCACAAACGCAAACAGAGCAUCCAUGUGUUUCUGAAGAAGGAAAAUCACAGAUGUCUCCAGUCAUGGCUGGCCAUCAUCACGUCCUCUGCAAUAGAGACGAACCGCUCAACCUGUCCUACAAAACGAAAUCGUCCAAGGUCACAACGCCGAGCAGUGAAGCCAACGGAAAACUUACAGAUUGCAGAUUAUUAUGGGAUUACGUGUACCAGCUGCUGUUGGACACUAGAUAUGAAGCCUACAUCAGGUGGGAAGACCGGGACUCCAUGAUCUUUAGAGUGGUGGACCCGAAUGGACUCGCUCGCCUCUGGGGAAACCAUAAGAACCGAGCCAACAUGACCUAUGAGAAAAUGUCUCGAGCACUACGGCAUUAUUAUAAACUCAACAUCAUCAAAAAAGAGUCGGGCCAGAGACUCCUCUUCAGAUUUCUUAAAACCCCUGAUGAGAUCAUGCUGAGCAGGUCUGAUCGUUCUGAGCCCCCUGAGUCUCCUGAAAGCCCCGUGUCACCUCCUGCUUACAAAGAGGGAACUCUGGAAGUGUCGCCGUCCUCAACGCCAAACCACUCUAGUCCUGAAGCUCUUCGCAUCCUCAGUGUGUCCCCGCUGCCAUGACCAUGCAGUCUACAUCACAAAAUAUCUCCAUCUUGCACUAGCUCAACCCUGUUUCUUUUUUUUUCUUUCACAGUUUUCACUAUAAAUGCAAAUACAGUUAAACUAAUUCAAAAUUGAUGUGUACAACCAUGCUGGCUUAAUCUCUACUCUCAAUUUCUAUUUUCAUUUCAACCUGAAAGACCUGGGCAUCUAACAUUUAUAUUAAAUGUCCAGCUAUAAAUAUCAGACUCUACCUAUCUACUCCAUCAUCCAAAUUCCACUAUUUCAGUUCUCAUCAUCAUCAUCAUCAUCAUCAUCAUUUUUUUUUUUAUGUGAAACUAUAGAGAUUUUUUUCUUGGUAGAAUGCAACAAACACAUUACAAUCUGGGUUCUGGUUACAUUUUAAAUCUGUUUUCUUUAUGAUAUGUAAUUAAUGUAAUUAUUAUCUCAUUUUACAUGGAAGAUUUAUAAAAAAAUAAAUAAAGGUGUGGAAAUAUUUGAAA